CGAGCCUGGCUCUGCCGCAGGCGGGCUGGAGCUCCUAGCCGCCAGUGCACCAGUCCAUCCAUCCGCCCGUGUGCCCCAGGCCAUGGCGAAGCUGAUGGUGCUCACCCUCGUGGGGCUGGGAUUGGCACUUUUCAGAGAUCACCGGUCUUCUUACCAAACACGACUUAAUGCUUUCCGUGAAGUGAAACCAGUGGAACUCCCUAACUGUAAUUUAGUUAAAGGAAUUGAAGUGGGCUCUGAAGACUUAGAGAUACUGCCUAAUGGACUGGCUUUCAUCAGCUCCGGAUUAAAAUAUCCUGGCAUAAAGAGUUUUGAGCCUGAUAAGCCUGGAAAAAUACUUCUAAUGGACCUGAAUGAAGAAGAUCCAGCUGUGUUGGAGUUGGAAAUUACAGGAAGUAAAUCAGAUUUAUCUUCAUUUAACCCUCAUGGGAUUAGCACAUUUACAGAUGAAGAUAAUGCUGUGUACCUGCUGGUGGUGAACCAUCCAGAUUUCAAGUCCACAGUGGAGUUGUUUAAAUUUCAAGAAGAAGAAAAAUCACUUUUGCAUCUGAAAACCAUCAGACACAGACUUCUGCCUAGUGUGAACGAUAUUGUCGCUGUGGGACCUGAGCACUUUUAUGCCACGAAUGAUCACUAUUUUACUGACCCAUACCUACGAUCCUGGGAGAUGUACUUGGGUUUAGCCUGGUCGUAUGUGGUUUACUAUAGUCCCAGUGAAGUUCGAGUGGUGGCAGAAGGAUUCGAUUUUGCUAAUGGAAUCAACAUUUCGCCUGAUGGCAAGUAUGUCUACAUAUCUGAGUUGCUGGCUCAUAAGAUUCAUGUGUAUGAAAAGCACGCUAAUUGGACUUUAACUCCAUUGAAGUCCCUUGACUUUGACACGCUUGUGGAUAACAUAUCAGUGGACCCCGUGACAGGAGACCUUUGGAUUGGUUGCCAUCCCAAUGGUAUGAAGAUUUUCUUCUAUGAUGCAGAGAAUCCUCCUGCCUCAGAGGUGCUUCGAAUCCAGAACAUCUUAACAGAAGAACCCAAAGUGACACUGGUUUAUGCAGAAAACGGCACAGUGUUGCAAGGCAGCACAGUGGCCUCAGUGUACAAGGGGAAACUGCUGAUUGGCACUGUGUUCCACAAAGCACUUUACUGUGAGCUCUAACAGGACACUUGUACCAAGUCAUGGAAAGUGGGGGCCCAUCAUUUGCACCACUUGCCACAUUCGGAGAGGCUGCAGGGAGCUCAGGUGAUGUUAGUUGUGUAUCAUGAGACUGAGAGCAAAUCUGGAGAGUGAGGCUCUUUCAACAGUACACUAUCCAAUGAGUCUUGAAAUACUUGGAAAUCUCAUUUACCAGUGAAAAAAAUCCUUCUCAUUAAAAUGGCUAAAUUUAUUAUA